UCGGCACUUACAUACCCUGACACGAGAAGCAGCUCUUCACGUGGUCACGGCCGAGUUGUUGACCUCCUCGGCGAUAACUACCCCGAGAAAGAAUGGGUUCGGAGAACAAGGAUGCCGUCGACGAGUUCGCGCGUCCGCGGAGGCCGAAACUCAAGAAGAAGAGGUCGAGAACCGAUUCCGAGGCAUCAACGGCUAGCGUUGAGAUCAAGAGCACCAUGCUCGUCGAUCCGAUCAAGAGGAAGCGCAGGAACAUCUACAAUCCUGAGGAGGAGUCCAGGUUAGAGAGGCUGGUUUUUGGUGACCCAAGCGACAUAAUUCAGAACCUGAAGAGUGACGUCGAGAGCGAAGCUGAGCCAGAGCCUAUGCUCAAGCAUGAAUCGAGUAGUGACAGCGGUGAGUCGGAGCCAGAGCCAGAGGAGGAUGACGAUGCUGAUGAUGAUGCGUCGAUUAUCAUCCAAUCUGAUAAGGCUGCUUCCAUUAUAACAGUGGAUUCCAAGUCCACGGUUACUGCUGGUACUGCAGCUUGGAUGGAUGAAGAUGACGAGGAGCUAUUGCAGGAUGCUUUGAUCGAGCAGAACCGCAGAUUACCCAAAGGUAGAACGGAGAAAAAGUAUAGUGAACUGUUGCAAAACAAAUAUUCGCACAUAGUUGGCACACCUAAAUGGGCAAAAUUGAACAGAGAGAACGACGAGGACUCUGAUGAUUCUGACAGUGAAAUUUUAAAACACAGCAAUCAUAUAGUGCCAAAGAAAACCAAGGCUUUGUCGAAAGGAAACAUUGACUUGAAAGUUCUUACGCAAAUAAACAAACAAACUCACAUGGAAGGACCAUUUGUCAACUCUGUGCAGUUUCACGAGCAAUCGACAGUGGCCUUAGUAGCUGGAUCUUCAGGCGUUCUGUCUUUGUUUGAAAUAGACGGAAGGGAAAAUAACAAAUUACACACUAUGAAAUUUCAUAGGUUUCCAAUACACACAGCGAGGUUUUUGAAAGAAGGCACAGAAGUGCUUGUUGGUUCAAUGAGCCAUGCAUUCUGUCAUUCUUAUGAUCUCAUCAGUGGAAAGACUCAACAAAUACCUUUACCUCAUGGAAUCACAAAUAUGAAGAAAUUCGAAAUUUCACCCGAUGGUAAACUAAUUGCUAUUUGUGGAAGGCUUGGUGAAAUACAUUUGCUGUCAAGCAAGACAAAAGAAAUGAUUGGCACUAUGAAAAUGAACAAAAAAUGCAGAUCUCUUGCUUUUACACCAGACAGUACAAAAAUUAUCUCACACGGAGAAAGUAGUGAAAUCUACGUGUGGGACGUUAAAUCUCGAACAUGCGAUAACCGCGCUUUUGACGAUGGUUGCCUGUCCGCCUGUUCCAUAGCCAUGUCGCCGAGUGGACAGUUUAUUGCCACAGGAAGUAAACAGGGAGCUGUGAACCUUUACGAUGCCAAGUCCGUGCUCACCGAACGUACGCCAACACCAGUGAAGACGGUUCUGAAUCUUGUCACAGCCAUCACGAAGCUCGAAUUCAAUCCCACUUCUGAGAUCCUGGCGAUGGCCUCCGACAGAAAGGCCAACGCUUUCAAGAUGCUGCACCUUCCAUCUUUUAACGUCUUCGCCAACUUCCCGACAUUUAACACCAAAAUGUUCAACCCACUAGACAUCGACUUCUCGCCCGGUAGUGGAUACAUGAGUGUUUCGAAUAAUAAGGGAUUUGCUUACUUGUACAGACUUAAGCACUAUGGAAAUUAUUGAAGUAAAUAUAUUGUUGACACUUUCUUUUUUAUUGAUGGAUCUUUGUUUAUUUCUUUUCUACAAGUUUAGUAAAAGCCUUAUCAAUUGGCUGACUUUAUAAAAUUUUUAUGAAUCGAAAUUUUGACAUAUUUUAACUUUUUAAGAUUAAUUCAAAUUUUUCUUUAAAAAGUAAUGAUAUCAUAUAGUUUACGCCGAAUCAUACAUUUUUUUAUUCUUACACUUAUGUAAAAUAACUAGAAAGACUAUAAUAUUUUUAUAUGUAUAUAAAAUCGCUAGGAUUAUGUAAAAAAAAUUGUAAAACGGUUAAAUACAUUUCAACAUCUUUUAUUGAACUACAAA